AUGUAUCGAAGAGGAGGACGGUUUCGUCGCUAUGGUCGCGACGAGUGGCAGCGCACGCCGCCGUACAUAAAAGCGCUUUUAAUCGGCUCAGCUACAAUUGGCGGCGUAUACGUCGCUAGUCACAUUGAGACGAUGCCCCACAAUGGCCGCCAUCGCGUCAUGCUGCUCUCCCCCGAAUACGAAGAAAAACUAGGCGAACACGCGUACCGUGAGAUUCUGAGCAGUUCUCAAUUGCUGCCGUCGUCGCAUCCGAUGUCGCGUGCAGUUGCGCGAGUUGGCCGCAAAAUCGUGCAGGAGACCAAUGUGCCGUUUAUGAAGUGGACAUUCCAUGUCAUUGCUGCAACAGAGCCCAACGCGUUUUGCCUUCCUGGAGGAAAAGUGUUUGUGCACUCGGGACUGUUCAAGAUCCUACGCAAUGAAGACGCGCUGGCCGCGGUCCUGUUCCAUGAAGCUGCUCAUGGUGUAGCUCGACACGGCGCGGAGAAGAUUUCGUUCAGUUUGCUGGUAUACGGGCUAUUGGCACUCCUUUUCCCGGACUUUGGCCAGAUUAGCGACUUGCUGGUGAAGCUUGCAGUGGAUCUACCGUUCUCACGCAAGCUGGAGUUGGAAGCCGACUCCAUUGGACUGCGGCUCAUGGCCCAAGCGUGCUACGAUCCUCGUGCUAGUAUUCAGAUGAACACUGCGUUGGGUCAGCUGGACAAGGGCUCGCAGUUCAAGUACUUCUCGACGCACCCGCCCAGUGCAGAGCGAGUGCAGGCACUACGGGAACAAUUGAACAGCGCACUCGACAUAUAUGAGACGUCUGACUGUGGGCCACGGAAGCAAGCUUUUGCCAAAGCGAUGGAACCAGCUUUUUCGCCUCGUGGCAACGCCGCCGAUAACUGGUAG